CCUCCCACACUUCCUUCUAUCCCAUCCACAACCCCAUCCCUCACACACCCACACCAUGUCCACCUGGUCCUGGAUCUCAUACUACGCCCAGGCGAUCGCGCAGGCCGGUAUCCCCAUCAUCCCGUUCUCCAAGUCGCCGCACUGGAGCCCCGAGGAGCUGGGCGAUCAGCGUGGCAAGGUCAUCCUCAUCACGGGCGGCAACAGCGGCACAGGGUACCAGACCGCACGCCAGUACUACGCGCACGGCGCCAAAGUCUACAUUGGCUGCCGGAGCCCCGAGCGCGCAGCCGAGGCGAUCGAGAACAUCAAGAAGGGCGGCGACAUCGACCUGUAUGGCGAGUGGAGCUUCACGCCCGUCGACGCGGCCAAGGCGGGCAGCGUCGAGUUCCUCCAGCUCGACCUUGCCGACCUCGAGAGCGUCGGCCGUGCGGCCAAGGAGUUUAACGCCAAGGAGCAGCGCCUGGAUGUGCUCUUCGCCAACGCCGGUGUCAUGGCCUCGCCGGUCGGCAUGAGCACCGUCCAGGGCUACGCGCUGCAGUUUGGGACUAAUGUCCUCGGCCACCAGCGCUUCAUCGCCGAGCUCCUCCCCCUCCUCAGCGCCACGUCCCGCGCCAACCCGUCCAACCCUGCGCGCCUCAUCUCGCUCGCGUCCCUCGGACAAAUGUUCGCGCCCAAGGGCGGUAUCGACUACGACGCGCUCCGUGCCGGCGGCAAGCAGCUGGACAAGUGGGCCGAGUACGGCCUCAGCAAGUGGGGCAACGUCGCGCUGGCCAAGUACGUCGACACGCACUACGGCCCCGCGUCGGGCGUCGACGGCCCGAUCAUCGCCAUCUCGGUGCACCCCGGUGUCGUGGCGACCAACCUCGCGCGCCAUGUCGCCGACACGUCAAGCAAGGUGUACAACGCUGCUCUGCCCCUCUUCAACGUCCGCGCGUCAAAGGGUACCCUCAACCAGCUGUGGGCUGGCGGCGCCGACGUCGAAACCGCCCGCAAGCUCUCGGGUCACUACGUCGCGUGCUACCAGACCCAGUCGCCGUACCGUCCCGACAUUGACAACGCGGGUGCCGUUGACAAGCUGUGGGACUACUGCACCGCGCAGUGGAGCAAGUAGGCGGGGUGUGGUGUGGCGCGGCGGGGCGGGGUUGAGAGGCGAAAUGCGUGCCCGCAGAGGCGAGAAGGAGAGGGCGCGCAGAGGCGAAAAGUGCUCUCGCAUACAUUAUGAAGCUAGAUUGUCCUUUGUUCUUGUUACGAUUCUAUGCAGUUGGUUGUUUGUUGGU